AGGAAAUACACACGCCAGUUGAAAAGAGUUGCACGAAGGAGAAACACUGUUCUAUACUUCUACAAUCAUGGGAAGGGGACUAUGUUUAGCAGUUUUGAUCCUUGGUGUCAUGAGCCAAUCCAUUAAUGGAGGAGCACCAAACAACCGCGGGAAUGAGUUUAUCGUUGGUUUCAUGGAGAACCAGGGUACCUCUAUUGACGUGGAAAUCUUCGUCACCACCAUGCGAACCGUCACAGUCAACGUCAACGUGACGGCCCCUAGAUACUCCUCCUCCAUCAACGAACAGUUCAGCGUCAAGGCCGGUGAGGUCAAGCAGCUCUUUUUCCCGCCUGCAAUCAGACCAACCGGUACUCAGAAAGUGCCCAACGGCAUCCACGUGUUAGCCGACGAUGACGUAGUAAUAUAUGCCGUCAAUAAAGAAAAGUAUUCCAACGAUGCAUACUUGGGUGUUCCGGUGGAUGUUUUGGGGAAAGAAUACUACGCAGUCACAUAUUAUCCACCAUCCCAGCAAUGUGAGCUGUUGAUAGUUGGAGUCGAAGAUAGCACAACGGUCACGAUCAAAUUUCCCGCCAUAAUGCAACAAACAGUCACGUGGAACGGCCAGACGUACGCCGCUGGCAGCACCUUAACUGGGACCGUGGAUCGCUUUGAUACUUGGCAGCUGACCUCAAAAGGUGACUUAACGGGAGCUUACAUCACUUCCGACAAAAAUGUCGGCGUUAUUUCUGGCAACAAAAAGACAAAGAUUGGAUUAGGAGGCUCUUCCGAUCAUUUAUGCGAAAUGAUGAUCCCAGUCGGUCGGUGGGGAAAAAAUUUCAUCUCCGUACCCAUUCCAGACAGAACCGUCGGGGACAUUUUCAGAUUCAUCGCUAGUGAAGCUAGUACCACUGUCACUAUUACAGGAGGCCAUACCGAGACCUUCACCAUCGCUAACGCUGGAGACAUGGCCGAGAAAGAGAUUCCCUCUGGAUCCUACUGCUCCAUCAAGUCAGACAAAGCUGUAAUGGUCGUACAGUUAGUUCUCAGUCAGCAGUCCAGCGCAGAGCCCUCUGAUCCUGCCAUGAUGGUGCUUCCACCUAUCGAACAGUUUGCGGCUGACUACACCUUCACCACGCCUAAGUACUCACUCCCUCCUGCGACAUACACUAGUUAUUUCAUGUUUGUAAUCAAGGAUUCCGACAAAGAUGGCCUCAAGAUCGGCGGAACUCCUUUCUCCACCACCUAUAACACCGUCACGCACAAUGGCGUCGACUACGCAGCAGGCUACAUCCACGUCUCCGAGGGAACACACACCGUCCGUCAUGACUCACCAAUCAAAGUGUUCGGUGGAUACCUCUACGGAAGAGCGAAUUACGAAACUUACGCUUUUACGACCGGAACUCGACUUGCUCCCAUCAACGAACCUUGUACACCUACGGCAUCAGCAGUGGGAGAUGGUAUUGACAAUGACUGUGACGGUUUGAUAGACGAGGAAGCUUGCUGGGACAGCAACACAGAUGAUGAUGGAGAUUCCAGACAAGAUGAAGAUUGCGCCACUCCCCCGCCAGUUGACGGACAAUGGGCGGACUGGGCGCAGUGGACGGCGUGCUCCGUGACCUGUUUUUCUACCACUGGCGCCAGCAACAACGGAUCUCGUUCUCGCGAGAGGACUUGCACAAAUCCCGCCCCCGCAUACGAUGGAAAGCAGUGUGUUGGCGACCCCACCGAGGUCGAGGCUUGUUCUAUCACCAACGUGUUCUGUCCAGUUGACGGGGCUUGGACGUCUUGGGAAAAUUGGGGCAGUUGCACCGUUACUUGUGGAAGCGGAUCUCAGUCACGCGCACGCACGUGCACUGAUCCCUCCCCUCAAUAUGGCGGAGCAGACUGUGCUGGAGACACAAGCGAGUUCAAACAAGGGUGUAACCCAUCGGUGUGUCCCACCGCCAGCGUCAACAAUUACGUUCAGCACUGUAUAUCCGGGUAUUUUACCUGUCUGAAUUCCACAAACAAAUGCAUCGAAGAAUCCAAAAAGUGCGACUGCAACCCAGAUUGUUCGGACGGCAGCGAUGAACUGGCCAGCUACGCGGGGUGUGCCCAGGCCACUCUGGACUACUGUCUGGCCAGCUUGCCAGCAGGUGCUCAAGGUGUGGCAUUCAGCAGUGCUAUGGUUGCCUUCUCUGCUUUCCUGGCCCUAUUCUUGCGCCUCCUUAACUAACCAGGACAAACAACGACUGAUGAAAGAUGACUUACACUGUAAUCAGUAUAAAACAACAACCAUCAUAAUUCGUAGGCAUUCAUUUUAUGAUUAAACGUUUGUUAAAAAAAACCCCUCCAAAACAACAUAAAAAAAACCAGAGAUGAAAGUCCAAUUGUGACAAAUAAAUGUCUCCAGAUUCCAACGUGCCACGAACAUUGAUGUGCUUGCUCGUAUUCUAACUUUUUGUAUAUUCAAGUUUUAUGACAUCAUUUAUUUAUUUAUUUAUUUAUUUAUUUAGAGUAUUUGUCUGUCAAUAUAUUUAUUCCUUUACUGAGUAAUAAUUUAUUUGUUGAUAUGUUCGUUAAUCUUUUUUUAUUGAAACAAUUUUUAAUUUGUUAAUUUUAUUUAUUUAUUUGUUAUUUUUCUUAAUUGGUGAAUAAAUUAAUCAAUUUU